AUGUCAUCUCCUCGUGCGCCUGAAGAAGAGGUAAUCCAACCUGACACUGCUUUGCAGAGUGUCACCGACGAUGAGGCUUACGACAAUGAGAGUGAACGGUCAUCUUUGACGUCUCUCACUUCGUCUAUCCUUCAUGGAAAGGUUGAGGGAGGAAGAACUUAUGCCGUUUAUGGCAAAGAAGGUUGCUCAGAGUACGGGUUGCCGAUGGAUGAGGCUGAGCUUGAUCGCAUCGAUAUGUGUCAUGCUAAAUAUUGUGCUUUGAUCGGAAAAAACCGUUAUUUAUCGCCUAUAGAAAAGCCUCAGAGGAUUCUGGAUCUUGGUUGCGGGACAGGGAUAUGGUCGAUUGAAAUGGCCGAAGAAUUUCCUUCUGCAGAGGUCAUUGGUACGGAUGUUGCACCGACACAACCUGACUGGGUACCACCUAAUUGUCAUUUUGAGGUCGACGAUAUUGAAAGGGAGUGGACGUGGAGAGAAGACAGCUUUGACUUUGUCUUUGCCCGCGAUCUUCUACUAGCAAUUCGAGACUGGCCAGCCUUGAUUGACCAAACAUACACACAUCUCAGAGGGGGAGGCUGGGUCGAGUUCCAAGCCAUCGUCGGCGUCCUCGGCUGUGAUGACGACUCCAUCCCCGAAGACAGCUAUCUCCGCAAAUUCUCAACAAUGAUGGAGCAGGGCUCCGCGAAAUUCGGUGCCAGUCUGACAGAUCCCAUGCGAUGGAAAGGCUGGCUUGAAGAACGCGGAUACCAAAACGUCACAGAACGAGUUUUCAAGCUUCCGUUUAAUCCAUGGCCUAAGGAUCCACGCAUGAAACUUCUGGGAGCGUGGGAGAUGGAGAAUCUUCUCAGUGGACUUGAGGCCAUGGUAACGAGGAUGUUUCAGAAGGGUCUUGGGUGGACAGAUGCUGAAGUCACUGUCUUCCUUGCCUUUUUGAGAAAGGAAAUUAAGAAUCCCAGGAUGCAUGGGUACUGGCCUUACUAUGUUGUCUACGCACAGAAGCCAAAGGAGGACUAA